UACCCAGUAGGCUAGGAAAUGGGAAGGCUUUGUAUGAAAUGAAACUCAACCAAAUUGCAAAGCAGGGACUAACACACCAGACAUUAACAAGCCCAUAUUAAGUUAUUCCGUCAAGAGUUGUAGGAGUACUUCAGCUGAAAAGAAAAAAAUCUCGAAUUUGGGAUCUGCAAAGAUGAUACAAGUUAGUGUUGCGCUACGUUGGAUCUUUGUGCUGUUUGUAGCAUAUUGUGCGGACCGGUCCUCUGUUCAGUGCCAACAUUCAGAUUAUAAGCGUCCGGAGGAGCUGAGACUGAUCCUUGUUGGAAAAACGGGCUCAGGAAAGAGCGCAAGUGCAAACACCAUUUUGGGACGUAAGGACGCCUUUAAAGAAGACAUCUCUCCUGGAUCUGUGACAGAGGACUGCCAGAGAGAGCAGGUGACCAGAGACGGACACACCAUCGUCGUGGUCGACAGCCCCGGCCUCUUUGACACAAACCAAACUACAAAGGUCAUAGGAGAAAAAAUAAAGGCGUGUGUCGAGAAGUCCGUUCCGGGGCCCCAUGCGAUUCUGCUGGUGAUCAGUCUGAAGGCCAGAUUCACGGAGGAAGAGUGCAGUGCUGUAGAGUGGAUCGAGACUAACUUUGGUUCAGAUUCUUCCAUGUACAUCAUCAUUCUAUUCACCCAUGGAGACAUGCUGGGAGGGAAAGGGGUGGAUCAGUUUGUGAGCGAAAGUAAACAUUUAAAGAGAGUCCUCAACAAUUGUGGCGGGAGAUAUUUUUCACUGAUCAACGGCCCGGGGAGUGACCCCAAGCAGGUUCAAAAGCUUUUACAAAUGGUUGAGGCAAUGGUGAAGCUCAAUGGAGGGCAGCAUUACACCAAUAGCAUGUACAAGGAAGCUCAGAGGAAACUUGACAAGGAAGAAAUUAGGAAAAACGCAGAAAAAGAGAAGAAAGAACGAGAGGAAAGGAGGAAAAAACAAGAGAAAAAGAGGAAGGAAAAAGCAGACAAAGAGAAGUCUCGACGAUUCAGGUGCAAAGCAGCCUUUUAUACGGCUGUUGCAGCAUUGGGUGGAGGUUUAUUGAUGCCCUCAACUGCCUUAGUAGGUUUGGCUACAGCAAUAGCUUCUACUGCUGGUUAUGAAUGUGCUGUUCACAAUUUUUUGGGAUAGGCUACAUGAAGUGUGAUUCCAGGAUAAUGAUUAUAAAAAGUUCCUGAUCGAUAUUGGACCUUAUGUAAUUAAAACACAUCUUCAAGGGUAUGCUGAUGGGCAUGAUCAAAAGUGUGCUUAACGUCUUAUUACAGGUCUGGGACAGCUGCGGAUACUGGAUUUUUUCAUCUUUUCUUUUUGACAGAGCGUUUCAUUCAUUGAUUAAUGUUGGGAUUUCCAGAGAAAUCCACAAAUAUGACAAUGAAAAAAAUGAAUUGCUUACCCUAGCUUUAAUCCAUUUUACAUUGAAUGUUAUUAUAGGAUUACGUUUAGUUGGCAAAAUACGAUUCUCAAUAAAGAUGUUUUACUGAGUUCCUUAAUCUU